UCUUUUUUCUCAGUAUCAAUUGAUGGUUUCUUCGGUUCUCAUUUCUAAUCUUCCUCUCCAUUUUCCUGAAAUACCACACUGGUAUUUUAAGGGAAGGCUGGAGGAGCUGAGUACAAUAAUGGAUGGAAUGUUUAAUGGCAAUGACGAUGAUUCUCUAGAUAAAGAUGACAUGGAUUUAGAUGGGAAGGGGAAAAUGUUACAUGGGAAUAGUGCGAUGGAUAUUGAUGAAUGCUAUCUUCGAGGGAAAUUUGCAGAGAAUAACAAAUUGGUGAAGAGUAUUGGAAUGGUUGCACGUUACCUUGGAAGUCUUGGAUUUACAUCUACGACUGAAAGUACAUAUGCUUCUGCCAUUCUUUUGCUUCUGAAGCAUAUUUCCUAUUUGGAUGGCAGGCUAAAGAGUGGAUCAUGGUCAUUUCCAGUGUUUAUGAGCAUUUCCAUUUCUUCUUCCCCAUAAAAUUUCUGCAUCAAGGAUGUUCAGCUCUUGAUUUGUUUAUCGUCUGGUAAUUUCAUCCAUGAGGUACAUUAAAUUGGGAACUGCAAUUGUCACGUUAAUUGAGUGGCUGUAAUAUAACUGCUCUCUGAAACCGCAUUAUAGUCAAUUUUGGGCAAUGCAGAGGGACUGUCAUGGACUAGAUGCACAAACAUUUAUUGCACUAUAAAGAUAAGCUAAUUUAAAAUGUUUUGCGCUGCAAAGAGAAGCUAUAGCAAAUCCUACUCUGUUUGAUGUCAUUUAAGGUGCCCUGUGUCCAAUCACCUGGAAUCUGCAAACAUAAAUAAUGCUCUGCCAUUUCAUGCAUUGCUUACAUCGUUUUUUGUUAUUAUGUUACACUUUCUAUUUUUAUCUGCCUGUAUAUCUUCCUUCAGCAAUAAUUACAGGCUGUCUUGCAUGCACUACUUGCCUAUCAUGGUGAUACUGCUAGCUAUAAUAUCCUUUCACCACGUCUCCGAUCACCUCUAGCGACUUACCCUUCUGCAUGUUAUCCUGGAAUUAAUGCUCCCUCUGAAGGACUUGUUAGAUGGCAGUUGCGGCUAGAGUAUUUUGCUUGUGAUACAUUGCGCAAGAUUUGAGGAUUUCUAAACUAUUUGAGAUUAUUGUUGACUAUCCUGAUAGGUAGGUUUUUUGCAUUCUUAACCUCACUUCUCCCUACCGAUUCCUAAAAAUAAGGCAGCGAAGACAACUGCUAUUAUUUAUGUUUUUUCUUCAUAGUUUUGCCUUAACAUAAAUAAUGAUUACGAGAUUCUGAUGUAACAAACAGAAUAUGACGGCUGUCUGUCUGCGUUCUCACCUAAAGAAUCCAGAAUGUCGUGGUUGUGGCUGCUCUCAUGUUUCUGAUUGUGCAUUAAAACUAGCAUGUUUCACUGGGCAUGUAUUGCCUUCAGAAAACUAUGGUACAGUGACUGGAAAGAGUUAGAAAAACACUUGGCCAUGGUGCCUUGUGCAAGAAAGAGUUUUCGAAAUUUCACAAAGUUAAAGUUUUAAUUUAUAAACAAAUAGAUUUAGUAAAAGGAGGCCAUUGUUGAUUCUCCCUCCCUCACCCUCACCUUGUUGUGCACAUAGAUCAAUGACCAAUUUAUUAGUGUAGCAGGAUGAUAAGUCUUGGGUUUCAUUUGCAUGGGGAGCAUGCAUGGGUGAAGUUUGAUUUUGAUUUUGAAUGAUUUUAUGUAUUUUUGUCUAGAAAACAAGUACUGGCACCAUAUCAAUGCACUUUUAGUUGCCUUACUUUCCUCUUUGCAUCUAAAAUUUGAAUCCUGCUCCUCUUCUGAUGCUACAAGAACUAGAGCAAGUAAGGUUUUAUCCAAACCUCCCUGUGAGCAGCAUGAUAGGUUUAGUGCAUAAAUGGACAUCGCUAAUGUUAAUGUAAGAUGCUAUUGG